UCUUCAGCAACUGCCGGUCAUAAGCACACGGGAUCCAGCAAUGAGAGGGUGGAUGACCUGUCUACUGGUGACGGUGGAGGCGCUGGUGGUGGUGGUGGUGGCGGUGGAAGGCGCCGAGACAGUCCCUUCAAGACUCGACACUGUUGCCAAUCCCGAGGAAGAAGGUUUCAGUCUGAUGGUGCCCGUGUCCCUUCUGAUGCAAGACGCCCCUGAGGAUCCCAGCCUACCCCUCACCACGCCCGCGCCCGUCAAGAGAGCAGGGAGGAGGUUCCGGACUGCCUCCAGCAGUAUGAACGAGUACCAGAUGUGUAGACCCAGCAGGCGGGAGAUGCUGGCUUUACUACUGGCGCUGCACGAGGUGAGGCAAGGACGCAACACUGGGACGCUAGUAAGGCUCUGCAACACACACACCCGCCCAGCCUCCCUCGAUACCAACAUUCGCUUCAUGGGGUGAGCCGCGGCACGAGAUGGAAAGGAUGGGUGGAUAGGAUAGAAGAAAGAACAUAGAUGGAUGGGAACAGGAAGAAAUGGAAGGGAUAAUACGGAGGAAAGGAAUAAUGGAUGGAAAGACAAGAAAUGGAUGGAUGGUAAAAGGAAGAAUGAGAAAAUGGACGGAUGGAUGGAAAUGAAGAAGAAAUAGA